UGAGGAAGCAGCGCGUGAACCACCGGUGCCGUGACCUUCGCCCCUGCGCGCUCCAAGGAGGUGUCUCGCGGGUCCCACGAAUUCGCGAGAUGAGAGCGCGAGACGUCGGCGCGUCGCGAUUUUGAGCCUUCGGCGCUUCCUCGAGAUCUCAAACGGGUCAUCGUUCAGUCGCGCGACGGUCGAACGCGACGGACACGUGUGUUCGUGCAACAACAAUCGGCGAAUUGCGAAAACGCGAAGACUGAUGAGCGGGCGGCGCGCGAUUGCCCACGAAGAAGUCUUCGUGCGGCUGCUGACACCUCCGUGCGCGCGUUAGCACGCGCGAACAACCGCGUGUCUCAACUCGAGUCGGAGAAAAAAAGAAGAAAAUGACAGGCAUCUCAGACGAUCUACGAGUACGAGUUAGAAGCAACUGAAAGAGUCAGAUUGCAAAACGCUCAAUCGGCAAACACUAAGCCCACAUCUUGCUCUCAGAACACUCGUCGCGAAUAGCAGGUAGUUUCAAGUGGGCUGCGGAGUCGCGAUAAACGAUAAUAAGGGAAGAACGAUCGUGAAGAGAGGUCCGCACACGUGUGACUCAGGUGCGUGUGUGUGUGUGUGUACGUGUGCAAGAGAAUAAUUACGCGUCCUCCUCGUCGUAGACGGUCGAGGAUGCGCCAACGCGAGUAGCCCAACGGCCUAUAAUCGCGAGAGAUCGACCGGGCUGUCGCGACUUCUUCGCACCCCGAGGCUGUUCCGCGCCGGUGAGCGAAACUUUGGCGAAGGUAGCCGUCGCGUAACGGAAGAAAUUGCCGGCUCUUGGCCGGCUGGCUGUCGACUCUUCAACAGGUGGCCGAAAUCGAUCUCGCACGUGUGUCAGAGCGUACGUGAUCGCUUUCAGCGCGGUGUGCUUCGUUACCUUCUUCGUCUUUUAAUAUCGACUCAGCGACGAAGGAGCUUCCGGUAGCUGCGUGCACGUACGCGUGUAUCCCGGCGCGUGCCUCGGCGAGGGGUGGAUACGUCCGCGAAAGAGAGAAGGAGGAUCAUUACUUUACCAGCUCGGCGAGACUGUCCGGAUGCCCGCGGGACACGCGAUUCUCUCUCUUUCUCAUUUCCUAUUUCUCUCUUUUUUCUCGUGAUAGAUCUCGUGCAUGUAAGGGAGCUUUUACGUGCGUAACGACGCGAAGUCGCAGUGGUCUCAAAGCCACAAUCAUCUCGGCUAUACGAUUAUUUUCCGCAGGGAACACUUCGAUUAAUUCGACGAGAAAAUAAGAUUUUGUUAACAUGUAUUAACGGCACUCUCGCACGUUAAGACGAGGCACAGGUCUCGAAAAAGUUAAUUAUAUUAUAGUAAGACUAAUAAGCUCCUUUAAAUUCAUGUUGAUUCGGUCGCUUGACUAUUCACGUGACAAGAGGAAAUGUUUAAAUUGUUCGGUUAUACGACUAUUUCUCGUAGAAAAUACUCAAUUCAUUCAUUCGGAUAGGUGUCCUGAGUCAAUUAUUUUAAAGUGAAACCAAUCUUUUUUAAAUUCACGUUGCCUCGAUUACUUGAUUAUUCACGUGACAAAUGGAAAUGUUUCAAUUACACGACCAUUCCUCAUAGAAAAUAUUUCAAUUUAUUCAUUCGGAUAGAUGUCUUGAGAAUCAAUUAUUUUAUAGUAGAAUACCAAUAAGCUCCUCCAAAUUCACAUCAAUUCGAUCGCUUAGCUAUUCACACGAUAAAAGGAAACACUUAAAAUAUUCUAGUCAUGCCAUCAUUUUUCGUAAGAAACAUUUAAACUCAUUCAAUCAAUGAAAAAAUAGGACGUUUUGUUAACGUGUUAACGUCGCUCCCGCAGGUUUAGAUCGGAUAUGUCUUAAGUCGAUUAUUUUAUAUAUUGGAACCAAUAAACUCUCCCCAAUUCAUGUCGACUCCGUCUCUUGACGAUUCACACGGCAAAAGGGAACAUUUCAAUUGUCUUGAUUAUAGGAUCGUUUCUCGUGAGAAACAUUUCAAUUCAUUCUCUCAUUCGGACAGAUGUCUGAGUCAAUUAUUUUAUAGUGGAACUAAUAAGUUCCUCCAAAUUCAUGUCGACUUGAUUAAUUGAUUAUUCACGUGACAAUGUUUUAAUUAUUUCGAUUACACGACCAUUUUUUGUAAAAAACAUUUCAAUUUAUUCAUUCCGGGUAGAUGUGUUGAGAGUCAGUUAUCUUAUAGUAGAACUAAUAAACUCCUUCAAAUUCACAUUAAUUCGGUCUCUUGAUUGUUCACGUGAAAAAAGGAAAUAUUACAAAUAUCCUGGUUAUACGAUAAUUCUUCGUAGAAAACAUUUAAAUUUAUUCAGUCAAUGAAACAAUAUGAUGUUAACAUGUUAACGUUCCUCUCGUAAAUUUAGAUCGGAUAUAUGUUUCCAAUCAAUUAUUUUACAACUAAUAAUCUCUCUCUGAUUCACGUCGUUUAACGAUUUACAAUGGCAAAAGGACAUUCUUUUUUUCUUCAACAAACGCAAUGAUCACGUUCUCGAAACAUUCGAUAAUUAUUCCUCGGUAAUCCUCGUCGCGAUCGUUAAAUCCGCGAAGGCCGCCACGUCGGUCCAUCGACGCGUCUCUAUUCAUUUUUCGUGCUUGUGAGAGAGAUUUUACGUGCGCAACGACGCAAAGUUUGCAAUGGUCAAUUAUCCCAGUUUUACGAUCGUUUCUCAUUGGAAACAUUUCAAUUAAUCCAAUCGAUGUAAUAGGACCCUGCUAACGUCGCUGCCACGCAAGUUUAGUGCCGAGUCGACCGGCUUUAUAGUACCAAUAAGCUCCCCCUAAUUCACGUCAACUCGGUCGCUCAGCGGACUCACAUGGUAAAAGGGAACAUCUUUUUUUUUCAACGUACGCAGAAAGCGAUCGUGUUCCGUAAACAUUCGGUAAUUGUUUCUCGAUGACCCCAGCUCGUCGCGAUCAUUAAAUAUUCGCGAAGGCCGUCACGUCGGUCUAUCGACGCGAGCUGCAGCGGGCGGAGCGCCUCUAUUAAUUUGCAUCGCGCGACCGAUGAGUGGAAAACCGUUUCCACCCUGUAAUUUACAAUCCUCUCUCGGCCGUAAACAAAUUUGUACGCAAGAACGGAAGUCGAUCGCGGGUUGAAAAGCGGCCACUCGUCAGCAAUAUCGCCGCCGCCGUCGCUUUUAUCGCGGCUAUUAUUCAACAUUGGAAAAACUAAAAAAGGAAAAGAAUAGAUAAAGGGAAAGACAGAAAGAGAGAGAGAGAGGGAAAAAGAGAGAGGAGGUAGUGGAGGGAGGAGGAAGAAAAAGAGGAGAACGAAAGCGCGAAACCCUAUCGCCAGAAACGCGUCCCUAUUUCUGGUGAAGCUCCUUCUUGAAGAGGGGAAGAGCGAGAAAACUGGAGAGCGCGUGAGAGAGAGAAAGAGAGAGAGAGAGAGAGAUCGCGUGCGACCUUGAGAGGAGCGCCGGAUUCCGUCGCGCUUUUUAAAUAGCCCCUCCGUCGUAUUUUUCGCCCCGUGAAGUGCGCCGUGCCGUCGCUAUUAAUGACCGCUAAACUUUCCGAAUGUUUGCUCCGCGACUCAACGACAGCACCGCCGGCGAAGUUUGUCGACAAUUUCGCCCACGCCGAAUGCCGGGAGCGCCAGAGCUGGUCUCAAUCGACGCACACUCCUAAUUGCUCAUCCGUGUCCCCUUUCAGGCAUAGGAUCGACGCGUCGCGUCGUCUCCCCGUCGCAGAAACGAAAGUUUCACCGCCUGCGGUAUGUUAAUGAGCUAAUUGCCGUUGAUAUAAUUCGGCUGCGCGAUUCGGCGUCGGCGAAUACGUCGGCGAUAACGACACGGCUCGUGUCGGACUCUCGAAAUUUUACGGCAGUGAGCGAGAUCGGACGGGCAAUGACUCUUCGAUCUAAUGACGCCUCGGCGAGUCGUGCAGGAUUAUCUCUGUUGAAUUAGAUUAGUUAUUUCCCUCUCUGCUACCUUGCGAAUUAAUGAACGUCGAGGAGACAUCACUGCUACCGCCAACGAGAGGGAUAGAAAGGGACUCCUCGUCAGAAUUCGCCAUUUUCGCUAUUUGCUUUUCAAACAUGAACUCUGCUCGAGCAGUGGACCUUACACCACGAGUGUGCACAAAGAAAACAUCGAGUUCGUCAUAGAUAAUGUUUAAUUGAACGCAAACGGAGGGACGGGGUAUCGGGAUUCUCGCGAUGAUCACCGUCUACUCGGGACGCGUAGAGUUAAAUUUACACACGGAAAGCUCUCUCGGGGAUAAUAAUAAACGCGUCACACCGCGAUCGGUUUUCAUUGACCCACCUUCGUUUAACCGCCUGAAGGCAAAAGAACAUCCACGACGACGACUACUUCCACGACUUCAAAAAUAUUUCGAGGGCAGUGGCGUGUGUUGAGAGUGUCGCGUGCGCGUGCAACGUAGCCGGGGCGAGUCGGUCCUACGGCGACGACGACGACGGCAGCGCGGAAAUUCGUGCUAAUCUGCUUAUCUCGAGUUAUAACUCGCUUAUCUAUCAGAAGCCCGUCGUCGCUUAAGCGCUCGGUGGCCGCGGGGAUCGUGCAGUGUCAGCGUAAACGAGCGUAAAGGGCGAGCACCGGCACGAGAAAUCAAUUCGCCGUACGGCGGGCGUGCGAUCGGCGCGGGCCCGACUUCGGCGAACACUUCGGCCAACUCGCGCCAACUUCCGGCUAUGAUCCCGCCGACUGUCAUUAACGCACCGACCGUCGCUUUCCGUCGCUUGUUUGCCCCGAACUCGCCGUCGUCCACGGGGACGCCGUCCACGGUGAGUCCGUCCACGUCAGCGCUCUGACGCAUGAUCGAUUCUGGACGCCGAGGACGACGACGAGGACGUGACGCUGGUGUAAGACGCCCGAGGAGGAAGAAGGACAAAAGGAGGAGGAGGACAAAAGGAUAGAGGGAGAGAUAGAGAAGAACAAGAGACGCACUCUUCGAGAUGCACCAUGGCUAACUACACGACGCAGACAUCGGCGGCGCUCGAGAACUCGUCGUCGUCACGCAAUUCCAGCUAUCUGGAGGACGUGACGUCGAACAUCGUGGUGCAGAUAGUGUUCUGCGUGUUCUACGGCAACAUCUUCGUGCUGGGGAUCUUCGGGAACGUGCUGGUGUGCUAUGUGGUGGCGCGCAACCGCCACAUGCACACCGUCACCAACUUCUUCAUUACGAAUCUCGCGCUGAGCGACGUGCUGCUGUGCGUGUUGGCCGUGCCUUUCACCCCGCUCUACACCUUCCUGGGCCGUUGGGUGUUCGGUAACACCCUCUGCCACCUGGUGCCCUACGCCCAAGGUGUGAGCGUGUACAUCAGCACGCUCACGCUCACCAGCAUCGCCAUGGACCGCUUCUUGGUCAUCAUCUAUCCGUUCCAUCCGCGCAUGAAGAUCGAGAUGUGCGUGGCGAUCAUUCUGAGUAUCUGGGUGGUCGCGCUGUUGGUCACCCUGCCUUACGGCAUAUACAUGCAGCUUGAGGAGCCGCACACCUAUUGCGAAGAGCACUGGCCGAGCGAGCCGUUCCGCAAGGUCUUCAGCUCGAUCACCUCGAUACUCCAGUUCGCCGUGCCGUUCUUCGUCAUCGCCUUCUGUUACGUGUGCGUGUCGAUCAAGCUGAACGACCGGGCGCGCUCCAAGCCCGGCAGCAAAAGCAGCAAGCGCGAGGAGGCGGAUCGCGAACGGAAACGGCGCACCAACCGGAUGCUGAUCGCGAUGGUCGCGAUAUUCGGCAUCUCCUGGCUGCCGCUCAACAUCAUCAACGUCGUCGAGGACUUCUACUCGCCCGCCAACGACUGGUAUUACUAUCGGCUCUGCUUCUUCAUGACGCACUGCCUCGCCAUGAGCAGCACUUGCUACAAUCCGUUUCUCUACGCGUGGCUCAACGACAACUUCCGCAAGGAAUUCAAGCAGAUUCUGCCAUGCUUCUCGAGAGACCCCGACGGUAACACCCCGAGGAGCAGAGAGGGUUGCAGAAGCGAGAGAAUGUGUAACGGUAAUAAUACCAUGCAAGAGACCCUGCUGCCCAGCAACACGACGAAAGCUCAGAAUCCCGAGGGAUGCGAGAUGAUCAUACUGGAUCCAACGGCGAACGUUUCAAAAGAACAGGAUCAACCCUCGAGCUCCUCCAAGGAUUUCGAUGACGCGGCGCUGUGAAAGAGACGAGGUACGCGGGAAGCAGAGAUUGUGUGGCCGUUCGAGCUCGAGCAGGAAGCGUCGCGUUCGCUUCCGUGUCAUCCCGACGGAACAAACAUGUCGACAGGACAGAUCGAAUCGCGCGAAGCCUGCCUAGUCGCGAAAACGAAGAACGCUUAUUGCGAAACUUACAUAUAAUUUGCACAUACAUGUAAACUGUGAUGUAAUUAAGAAUAGUGUGUAUUGCGAGUACAUCUAUAAAAGAGCAUGCACGUAUAAACCUGUGAGCGAUAGGCUCGAAAGCUAAAAAAAGAAGAAACGCAUUGUCAAUAGUGUGGAUAUUAUCGUAACGUUAUAAAUGUGUCUCGAUCAAUGGCUUGUCGACGAUGUACUUGCUUCGGAAGUCACAAUAAUAAACGGCGUAUCUCUGUAGCACAUUGUCCUCAUCAUUAACGUCCUGAACCGACCAAGGAUUGUUUAGUCGAAUACGCGUCUUGAAAGAGAUAGAGUAUAUGUGUGUGUGUGUGUGUGUGUGUGUGAAAGAGAGAAAGAGAGAGAGAGGAAACUCGUCGGAUAUAUUAAGUUCUCGCACAGGUCAGUCAGUCAAUAGGAAGCCGAGCUGUAUCAAGAUCUUUUAUUACGAGAGCUGAAAUUGCUUCGUAUGGAGCGAUAUUGGGGACGUAAAACGGCCCUGACUCGGUCCACAAAGAGAGGUUAACAUACUUUCAGAAAGCCGAUGACAAGGUGGAAGUG